GCUUGCUCCCAACAUAAUCUCUCCACUCGUCAGCCCCCUGAAAGCAUUAGUUCCACCUUCCCUAUUGCAGAAACACGGCUCUCCAUCGUCACACAGCCAGUCACCAAAUGGGCAGCAAUUUUCUGGAAUACCAAAUAAACCAUACGCUCCAUUUCCAAACCAGUCUGUACAGCAGGGAUCUCAAGGUUACCAAGGCAGCUUUCACUCAAUACAAAACUGUUUCCACUAUGGAGACUGCUACAGAACAAUGGACCAGUCUGUCACCAGUGAUGUGCUCACAGGGGAAUCCCAUUGCUUUAAUCCUCUGAGACAGAAUGGCUAUCACAUACUCAAUGCACCUUUAGCUUCAACAGGCUAUGAUGCAAUCUCUGAAGCACAGUGUGUAUCUGAAGACAUGGUCUCCAGUGGAACUGAUGAAAAUGGAUUCUUCCAAAACGGCGCCUUUGAUCACUGCUUGAAUCACAUUCCUUCCAUCUAUACAGACACCUAAGAGCAGUGCUGACCUUGUUUCCUUUAUUAUACCUAUAACUGUGUAUGUAAUAACAAAGGUGUUGUUCAAGUACUUUUAUUUAGCCUGUAUCCCUAUAUGUGCUCAUUUAAAUAAACACCUCACAUUUACCAAACCAUUUUAUACAUGAAUAGUCUGUAUAAGAUAAUAUUGGAACCUGUUCCUUUGCUGUGGCACUUUGAAAUUCAUGCU